UCUUCGGCUCCUCCUUAGCAGCCUUCGGAGUCCACCUAGCUACCGCGGGGGAGCCUGGCAGGGCCGGCAGGCCCGCGCCCCGACCCUUCUUCCCGGGGUGGCCGCGCGCGGCCCGUGCACAGCGCCAGGCCUGCGCUCGCCGCCCCGCCGAUCGCGGGCGGGGCGCUCCGCCUCCCAAAGGCUGGCGGCGGCCAUGGCGGCCAGGCGGGUCGGGGCGUGGGCGGGCGCUGCGGUCCGUAGGCCAGCCCCCUCUGCCCCGCCGCCAGUCCCUCUCUGGGUCAGCAGAGGGCUCCGACAGCGCCUGGGCCUCACGCUGGGCUCGAAUUCCGAGGGAGACCACGGCGGCUCCGUGCCCGGCUCGCAAGGCGGGCCGGAGGGAGCAGCGAGGCUGCCGGCGAGCGAAGAGUUAACAGCGGCCGAGCUGCGGAUCGCGGAGCUGCACGCCGCCGCCUGCGCGACUGGCCAGCUUAACUAUGUGGACCCAGCUACUGGCUACAUGGUGCUCACAAGGCUGGCCCACUUGCAGAGAGGUUCCUGCUGUGGCUCCGCCUGUAGACACGUACAAAGAGACAGGAAAAGAAAUCAAGAAUGUUGCAAACUGGAUCCCAGAAAGCCUUUUCUUUAUUAUUCACUGAAUAAAUAGAAAUUUGCCCAGCAUUAAGAGUGUCCUUAUGGUCAAGUCAAUGUUAAAGAUCCAUCUAAAAAGAAGAAAUUCAAUUCAUAUUUUUAUGUUUGACGACAGUUUCAUCUCCAUUGUCUAAUUAAACUUGUAUUUGUUUUAAAAAAUGAAGCUUCUAUCAAAUCUGUUAAGGAUUUGAGCCCUAAUUUAAUCUUUAAAUGCAUAUAUUAAAAGAACAUCAAUAAAAAGAAAAAGCUAACAAAUGUUGUGUGUUUCUGAAGUGGCACAUUGAUAGCUAUUUUCCUUUCUUUUUGCUUCAUUAUCUGACACAUAUGUUGAAGAAAGAAAAUAAUGACUGUUCUAUUAAAUAAAAGUAGCA